AUGCCUCUUGCAGCCGAUGCACUCAAGCUGUGGCACGGCGUACACCGCCCUGUGGUUUCCGAGCCUCUGCGUCAAAAAGGCAGCCGGACCUUGCACAAGGGAGAGAUAAAAUGA